UUCGAAUGCACAACAACAACAAUGGCGGAAGAGGAAAAGUCGCUUCCAAAUUUACAAAAUGGAAAUCCGGGUGCAAAACCGACUCCUACUCAAGCAAAUACCACUGGGGAGAUGAGUAGACCAAAUAAUUUACAAAGAAUCGCCCAAAAGAAAGCAUUAGUACGAAGUUAUCCUCGGACAAAGAAACUCGAAAAGCUUGCGGUUUAUUCGUCCUGCAAGACAGAAGGUUGCAAGUGUAAUGGCUGGAAAAAUCCCAAUCCUCCCCCAACACCUCCCAGAGUUGAUGUAUCACAGCCUCUCGCCAACCUUACAGACCCUUGUAGGAGCUGUACACAUACACUUGAUGCACAUGUAUCACAUCUCGAAUCUACUGCUGAGGAAGAGCUGAACAGAUUGUUGCGGAUCGUGGUUGAUGUAGAGAAUCUCUUCAUGUGUGUUCAUAAAGAAGAAGACGCAGAGACCAAACAAGUCUACUUUUACCUGUUUAAGUUGUUACGGAAAUGUAUACUGAAUAUGAGCAAUCCCACCAUUGAAGGUCCACUAGGGAGUCCUCCAUUUGAGAAGCCAAGCAUUGCUAAGGGUGUAACAAAUUUUGUGUUGUAUAAAUUUGGUCAUCUUGCUCAGAGAGAUUGGCAAACAAUGUAUGAUUUAGCAAAGAUGUUUCUACAUUGUUUAAAUCACUGGAAGUUAGAGACACCAACAAGCAGGCAGACACACUCCGGCACAGAUGAUAUAGCAACGUAUAAAGUUAAUUACACAAGGUGGUUAUGUUACUGCCAUGUGCCAGCGUUCUGUGAUACUCUGCCUCGUUACGAGACCACACUUAUAUUCGGGAGGACUCUGUUACAGUCUGUCUUUCAAACCAUGAGGAGACAGUUACUUGAAAAGUUCCGGGCAGAGAAAGAUAGAAUGCCAGUAGAGAAGAGGACCCUGGUUUUAACCCAUUUUCCAAGAUUUCUGACAAUGCUUGAGGAUGAGGUAUAUGGCGAGGCUUCACCUAUCUGGGAUACAGAAUUUUCUCAGGCCAAUGUCAAUAGUACAGGGGCAAAUUCAGAUGCCAGUUCGGUAGCAUCUUCAGAGAAGUCUGAUGACAAAAAUCUUAACUGUACCCCUGUGGCCUUACGUAGAUCAUCGAGAAACGAGGCUCUGGCAGGUUUGUACAGUGAGAAGCGAAAGUUGGAGGAAGUGUUGGUGCCAGAGGAAGUGAAGAAGCCAAAGAUUGAUGGUGAUGUUCCAAUGGACCUUAUACAAGAGAUUGUAGCAACAAUUAAUGAUCCUGAAGAAAUGCUUGGACCAGAUUCAUCACUGUUUCCUAGUCACGCCUCCCGUGAUGAGAGUGCAAGGAAUGAGGAGAAGAAGGGUGUUAUAGAAUUCCACGUGAUAGGAAACUCCCUCAGUAGAAAACCUAGUCGACAGCUUCUUAUAUGGCUUAUAGGUAUGCAGAAUGUGUUCUCGCAUCAGUUACCCAGGAUGCCCAAAGAGUAUAUCACCAGACUGGUAUUUGAUCCGAAGCACAAGUGUCUUGCCCUGGUGAAGGACAACAAUGUUAUAGGUGGUAUCUGCUUUAGAAUGUUUCCAUCGCAAGGGUUCACCGAAAUAGUGUUCUGUGCUGUCACAUCUAAUGAACAAGUUAAGGGGUAUGGUACUCAUCUUAUGAACCACUUAAAGGACUAUCAUAUAAAACACAACAUUGUACAUUUCCUCACAUUUGCUGACGAGUUUGCAAUUGGAUAUUUCAAAAAACAGGGUUUCUCCAAGGAUAUCAAGCUUCCAAAGACAGCGUAUUUAGGAUAUAUUAAGGAUUAUGAAGGGGCCACUCUGAUGGGUUGUGAACUCAAUCCUAGAAUCUGCUAUACAGAGUUCUCAAAGACAAUCCGCAAACAGAAAGAGAUUGUGAAGAAGAUCAUAGAGCAAAAACAGGAGAAGUUUACCAAGGUUUAUCCAGGUCUGACAUGCUUUAAAGAUGGGGUGAGGCAGAUUCCUAUAGAAAGUAUACCUGGUCUACAAGACUGUGGCUGGAGACCUCCUCUGGAUAAACCAAAAGAACCUGUUAUGGAUUCAGAUCAGCUCUACAACAUCUUUAAAACUGUGUUACAGCAGUGCAAGACACAUGCUAGUGCUUGGCCAUUUCUGAAGCCUGUAGAGAAAGCUGAAGCCCCAGAUUACUAUGACUACAUCAAGUUUCCCAUGGAUCUGAGGACUAUGGGAGAUCGCUUGAAGAACAGGUAUUACGGGCACAAGAAGUUGUUUAUUGCAGACAUGAUGAGAAUCUUUACAAACUGUCGCUCGUACAACAAACCCGACACAGAAUAUUACAAAUGUGCCAACACCAUGGAGAGGUUCUUCAAUAAUAAACUCAAAGAAUUCUCGCUGUCUGACAGAUAACAUAACAUGGAGUACUGUAUGCUGAUCAUGUGACUGUGUUAGUUCUACUUGAAAUUAGUAAAGUUUGAUUUUGGGAUGCGACUAGGUCUGGGGAAAAUGUAUUAGAAGUUUGAAAAUAAGACAUGUUUUAGUGUCUUAGAAGUGCAGAAGAAGACUGGAGCUAGAUGUUAUUUAGUUUCAUGUGCAAAUUGAAUAGAGAGAACAAGAAAUGUGAACAGGGUUGUAGGACAGGUUAUGAACUUUGGUCAUACUCUCACACAACGUAAGGUACAGAGGAAGAAAACUUUUAGGAACAUCAAUUGUCAAGAAUUUGUUAAAAAAGGAACACUUGAUUGUCGUGUAAUGAAUGAAAUUGUGUCUUAAUUUAUGUAUUUACUAAUUUAUUAUUGAUGUUUGUAUAAGUGUUGAAGUAGAAAAAUCUGCCUUUAAGAUUUGGAGGUUUUGAAAUAAGUAAAAGAGAUGGUCUGUGAAUAGUCCUACAGAUGUUUUGAUAGUGUAAUAUUAGAAUAUCAGUAUUACACUAGAAACAGAAAUGCAGAGAGAAAAAGUCAGAAACAUGUUAGUAAAAUGAAAACUAGGAGAAGGAAGUGUCUUGGUGUAGCAGUAGAGGUUUGGACUUAAUCCUAAUUUUGGAGUCCUACCAUGUUUUACUGCAGCAUGUGUUCAGAAGGCAAGGAAAAGGUUGUCGAGUGUGGCUUUCGAGAGCACAGUGUGAAACUAGCCUAUAUGCAUAUAGAUAAAGAACCAGACAAUCUGAGACUAGUUUGUCAUGAGCUCUCAGAUAUGUGGGGCCUUUCUCUACAGCAGAUGUUAAAAUGAUAAGCUAAAAUUGUUUAAUAUGUUUUAGUUGUUAAUAAACAGAUGUGAAGUGAUACACAUUGCAGUUAGGAAAUCUUAUAUGUUGUAAGCAUGGCUCUGUACGUUAUAUUUCAGUGCAUGUUAUUUGUACAUGUGUUGUAAUGGACAUUCAUACAUGUUUGUACUUAGUAAAUGUUCACAUGUACAUGUAUUUUAAUGAUAGUACACAAAACUUGAAUUUUGAUAUCCAUUCACAAGUAUGUCAUUUCAAUGGACGAUCCAGUGUACAUGUAUUAAACUGGACAUUCAUCUGUACAUUAUUGUAAUGGAUGUUGAAAUGGGAACAGUUCCCUGAUACAUGUAUUGAAAUGGACUUUGGCAUAUACUUGUAUUUCAAUAGACAUUUCCAUGUACAUGUAUUUUGGUACAUGACAUGCGCAAGCUGUGUUUUAAUGGCUAACUGCAGGAUCAGUUGGAUUUUAGUGUUUUAAAUUUGCUGUUAAUGUACAGAUCAGUGCAGCUGUAUGAGAUUAUGCAUAUAAAGCUAUCGACCUGGUAGACAGUUUUUGUCAAGCCCGCUUGCAGAAGUGAAGACAUAGUUGUCCAAAUGGCUGUUUGGUGUAUGUGCAUUAUGUGCAUGCGUGUGUCAGUGCUUGCAUGCCUCUGUGUGUGUGUCUGUCUGGAUUUGUUUCUCCAGACCAUGACUUUGACAUGCGUGAAGCAAUCUUGUUUAUAUUUGGCAUGAAUGUUAACCUUAGUGAGAUGGAGUGUCUUGCGCAAACCCCAGAUUCCUAUUUUAAAGGUCAAGGUCACAGUUUGAGGUCAAAGGUCAUGUCCAGUAAAUAACUAACAUUAUUCUGAAAUAUUAGUAAAUUACGGCAUGGAUAGGAAUGUAUCAAGUCAUUGACAUCGUAAUUGCUUUUAGUUGAGGCAGACCAGAGAAUAGGGCAUACUGUAAGUUUACAUAAACUACACGAGAGGUUGGAGAAAUAUUUCUUCUGCAUAUAGUUUAAGAAUAUUAAACAUUGUUGAUCUGAAAUUUAUGCUAUUAUAGAAAUAAAAGUUUAAAAAAUCA